AUGUCUGCUCAGCCCAUCAUUGGUUGCAAUGGUGACCCACCUCAGACAGGACCAAAAAAACAGGAAAAAGGACAAGAUUGUGUUCGGAAGUAUUAUUGGUCUCAUCGUCCUGUUGAUCAUCGUGUUGAUUAUCGUGCUGUCUGUUACUGUCUGAAGAAGUCACCAUCUAUCAAAUCUAAAAUCACUAAAUGUAGAGAGCCAUCAUUACAACUAGAAGCUCAUCCUCACACCAGGAACUCAUCAUCAUUAUCAGGAGCUCAUUGUUAUUACCAGAGGCUCAUCAUCAUCACCAGGAGCUCAUUAUCAUCAUCAUUAUUACUUAUCUUUACCAGGGACUCACCAUUAUUGUUACCAGGGGUCAUCAUCUGUACCAGGGGUCAUCAUCUGUACCAGGGGUCAUCAACUGUACCAGGGGUCAUCAUCUGUACCAGGGCUCAUCAUCAUUACCAGGAGCUCAUCAUCAUUACCAGGGGUCAUCAUCAUUACCAGAGGUCAUCAUCAUUACCAAGAGCUCAUCAUCAUUACCAGGAGCUCAUCAUCAGUACUGGAGCUCAUCAUCAGUACCAGAAGCUCAUCAUCAGUACCAGGAGCUCAUCAUCAGUACCAGGAGCUCAUCAUCAGUACCAGGAGCUCAUCAUCAGUACCUGGAGCUCAUCAUCAGUACCAGUAGCUCAUCAUCAUUACCAGGAGCUCAUCAUCAUUACCAGGGGGUCAUCAUCAUCAUUACCAGGCGUCAACUCGUCAUCAUCAUCAUUACCAGAAGCUCAUCAUCAUUACUAG